AGUGCGCUUCCCGAAAAGAACAGGAAGUGACUGCUAUGACAGAACAGAAGAUGCUAAAGCGGUAACUGUUUUAGAGGAACACAUCUUCACUGUAGUCGUUCAUCUCAUAAUUGGCCAUCAGAUGAAAUGGGGGACGAUAACAGCACUGGCUAUAGCGAUACUAAAUUGUAAAAGUAAGCAUAUCCUUAGUGGCCCAUUCGUGUUUAGAGGUUUUAAAGCUAACGCCGGUGUUAGCGCCAGAGCUAGCUUGUUUGUAGCAAAGCUGGGUCAGCCGAACCACCAUGGACAUGAGUAUGACCUACCUAAAUUCCCUAAACACAGAUCAGGUUUUUUGUUGCAAUGAAGAGCAUUAGAGUCCACUGGUAAAUGUUCAGAAACAUGAACUCGGUCUCUUCCAACACGGUGUCCUUCGUGGCCGGAGUGAUGCAGGAGGAGCCGUUGGAGAGCCGGAGGCAGCAAACUCUGGAAUGGCAGAACAGCCACAGAUUCAGGCCUCAUCCGGUUCCAAGUUCCAGUAGAGAGGCGGCCGAAGAGCCUGACGAGAUGGACAAACUGAAGGCCAAACUGAUGUCCGCGUGGAACAAUGUCAAAUAUGGUUGGACUGUUAAGACUAAAACUUCCUUCAACAAGACUUCACCCAUUUUUGUUCUGGGACACGCCUAUCUGCUCAACAGUGAAGAUGAGGUGGAGCGAUUUCGUCUGGAUUUUGUCUCCAGGAUCUGGUUGACCUACAGAAGGGAAUUUCCUCAACUUGAAGGCUCCACUUUGACCACCGAUUGUGGCUGGGGCUGCAUGCUGCGGAGCGGGCAGAUGCUGCUGGCGCAGGGACUGUUGCUUCACUUAAUGCCACCAGAUUGGACUUGGCCAGACGCUCACCAGCUCACUGACGUGGACUUUGAGAUCUUCCGACCGCGCUCCCCAGUGCGGGCUGCAGGGGUCCCCAUCCCUUCUUUUGGCGCUCCUCGUGCUUCCACCACACCUGAGAAAUCCUGUUCAAGUUCCCAGAAGAAAAAAACGGAAUCUUCAAGGGACCGACAGGCAGAGCCCACCCACCAAAAACUUGUUACCUUGUUUGGUGAUCAACCUCCAGCACCUUUUGGUGUUCAUCAGCUGGUGGAUAUCGGCAAAGGUUCUGGAAAGAAAGCAGGAGACUGGUAUGGCCCUUCAGUAGUGGCACACAUACUACGAAAAGCGGUGGCAAAAACGUCGGUCGGGCAGAGCUUGGCUGUGUAUGUGGCACAGGACUGCACUGUUUACAAAGAAGACGUGCUACAGCUUUGUGAUCCCUCACUAAGUCAAAGAGUCGCUGAUCCUUCCAGCCAGGCGUGGAAGUCUGUCAUCAUCCUGGUGCCGGUCCGGCUGGGAGGAGAGGCCCUCAACCCGUCGUACAUUGAAUGCGUCAAGAACAUUCUAAGUCUGGACUGCUGCAUUGGAAUUAUUGGAGGCAAACCCAAACAUUCACUUUACUUCAUUGGUUUCCAAGAUGAGCAGCUGUUGUACCUGGACCCCCAUUACUGCCAACCAGUCGUUGAUUUCACUCAGGCCAACUUCUCAUUGGAGUCCUUUCACUGUAGUUCUCCAAAGAAAAUGCCCUUCAGCCGCAUGGAUCCCAGCUGCACUAUCGGCUUCUACGCGCGGACCAAGGAGGACUUUGAGUCCAUGUGCUCUGUUGUUGGCAUGGUUCUCUCGUCCUCCAAGGAGAAGUAUCCCAUUUUCACCUUUGUCGAUGGACGAGGGCAGGACUACGGACUUGUCGCUCUCAGCAGUAACCACUUUGGACCUCCACCUCACCUUCUGUCUGCAGAACAGCGUGGCAGGGGUAACAUCAGACAAGGCAGUGAGGAGUUUGUGUUCUUGUGAAGAAAAAUGCAUUCUUGACUGCUACCUCUAGGUGGCAGCAGCGAGUGUUGGUGGUCUUUCCACUGGUAGGAAAGUCUGUGGGGUUGCAGCUACAUGGUGACUCUUGGAGUUUGUUUCCUUCUGCAUUGAUGCUGUCAUCCCCUUUAAGUGGUUGUUCUCAAUAGUAGUUUUUUCAAAGGGUCACGGCUGGAAAAAAAACCCAUUCAAGUACUUGAAAAGACUUUUAUCCAAUGAGAAAAGAAACCUAAAAUCCUCAGCGUCGUCUGUCUGGUAUAGUUCAUGUAAAACAAGCCAUCUGCUGCACAUGUUUUAACUUUUAUUUGGUUUAUUUAUCACAUUUCAAUCUGUCUAUCUGUGAGGGAGUGAAUGUUAUGUAAUGUAUGUUUAUGGUUGAUUGCACAAGUCUAUUUAAGUGGCACUGUUUUCAACUGAAUAUACUGACUUUUCCAACCGUAUAUCCUUCCAUUGUUACAAUUAAUCUAAUGAUACUGAACGCUCAGUUUCUGCUGGAACACAACAUUUUUUAGCUGGAGAUGGAGAUGCUAGAGCUUUACGUUGAAGGUCAGAAAGGGGUUUGCACUUUUUUUUUUGUUUUUAAAAAGAAAAACUUGGAAACAAGUUCUGGAAGGUUUUACGAAGACUAACAACAGCACUUCUUUUUAACUGUGUGUUAUGGUUCAUCACACAUUAAAACUCUGAGAUGUUAUAGAAAUGAAAAUCCUCAUAGGCUGAGUUAUAACUUGACAUUGUUAUAGAAUUUAAAGAGUUGGGUUUUUUUUAGUCCUGUGAUGUGUCUCAUGGCCAAAAAACUAUUAAGAUUCUUUACAACUUAAACUCAAGAGUUUUGCUCCAUCUUCUGUUACUUCCCCUAAAUGAGAAAUGUUUUCUGUGAAGAAUACUGCUGCAAACGUCAGGAUUUGUGUCCUGAAUAAAUCUGAACACUGGUUGUAAAAUUGAUGUACGUGUCUUGCUUUGCCGUAGUACUUUUCUUUUAUUAGGGAGGUUUGUCUCUGUCUUUUUUGUUGUCGGCUCACUGUAACCUGGAGAGGAGGUUUGGGGUGUGUUCUAUACUCAUCUAAAAGCUUUAAACUCAAACAACUCUGGAAAACUCUGAAUAAAAAGCAUCUUCUGGUAAUUA